UUCAUUUUUAAUGUUAUGUUUGUUUUUAAUAGAUUGCGAUAACGUAUCUGAUUGGCGUGGUAGUUGCAGCAGAUAAAAUAUAGGAAAUUUAGCUUGUACUUAGUUUUUCAAUCAACUUUUCAUUUCAUUCGCAAGUUAGAAGAUCACAAUGUCGAGCGGGAUCUCAUUAAAAGAAAUCCGAGAUAAAGUAGAGGGAAAUGAGAUGGAUCUCAGUCUAAUGCAGAUAACAAAAGUUCCUGUGAAAGAAAUCUCGUCAAUUGCUAAAGCGACAUCAGUUGAUUUAUCUUGCAAUCAAAUCAUCAGACUACCUGAAAAUUUUUGUUCAACUUUGCACUAUUUAAUAAAACUUGACUUGAGCAAAAAUCUACUUGAAGAAUUACCUCAUGACAUUUACAAACUCUCUGCCCUUCAGCAUUUGGAUUUGUACGAUAAUAGAUUGACGACGCUUCCUGUUGAUAUCUCCAGAAUGAAAACAUUGAAAUAUCUUGAUCUGAAAGACAAUCCUCUUGAUCCCGUUUUAGUAAAGAUUGUCGGCGGUUGUUUGGAUGAUAAAGAAUGUAAAAAGUGUGCGACUCAAGUCAUCGCUCAUUUCAAAGUUCUGUCGUCCGACAUGGAAAGAAAAAGACAAGAAGUAUUGAAGAGGGAUCGUGAAAAACAAGCGUUGGUAAAACAAGCAGAAGAGGAAGAAGAAAGGAAAAAGAACAUUGAACGAAAAAAAGCGAAGAAGGUUGAAAAAGAAGCAAGGCGGAAGAGGUGGGAAGAAAUACAGAGAGAAAAAGAAAUAGAAACAAAGAAGCGCAAGAGGACAGAUGAAAGCAGCAGUGAAAGUGAACGAGAUUCUUCUGAUGAUAGAAAAAAAGAUCUUAGCAAGUCAAAAUCUUGGCUUCUUAGUUUUUGGGGAGUUCUUCUGAUGUCCAUUUUAGCUGUGUUUGCCUCUGCAAUAGGAAUUCGUUUAUAUUGCCAAGAAAAUGAAGCAAAUGAGGAAUGCAUAUUGGUACGAGAUUGGACAAAUAAUUAUAAAGAGGCAACAAGGGAACAUCUGGGUGCAUUCGUACAAAAUGCCAAACAAAUUGUCAAUUUUGGUUUAGCAAAGUUGUCAGGAGUUGCAAAAAAUCUAGGGUACUGAUCUUACGUAAGCGUGUUAUCAUGGGCAUGCUUUGAUCCAUCUAUCUCUAGAAGAUUUAUUGUUAUUAAAAAUAGCAAAUCGUCAAAUAUUUGAUGGCAAAUUCUUUAAUGGAUAGUGCUUGAAGAGUUCAGAAUUGCAAAAAAAUGUAAUUUAUUAUAAAUUAUAUAUUCAUUAGGCAUAUUUAUAUAUAUAGCCUACAUAAAUAUAUAUAUAUAUUUUAUAUGUUGAAACCUGUCAUAUCUCUGCAGCAGUGCCAAAUUACUUUCUUUAUCUUCUGGUUAGGUUUUGUGUGUCGUUUUUUAUACUUUACCAACAAAACAACAUGUAGUAGCCUAGUAAAGUUUAUAACCUAUUGCUAGUUUGGUCGUCUUUAUUGAAAAAAAAUUUGGAUUAAUUCAGCGCACUGAAAGUGAAUAGUAUCUUUUUAUGAAUUAAUGUGGUGGUGGUGUAAGUAUAGCGUUGGUAUGUUGUUUCAUAGUUUGAGGUGCUUUAUUGUUUUGCAUUACAUUUGUUCCAAGCAAAACCAUUGUUAUUAGGGCUUUAUUGCAUGUUCUGAAUAGGAUGUGAAAGUUGGAAUUUACUUCGAGAACUACUCCAGACUCCUGCUGCACAGAAUGUUUAGUCAACCAAUUGCUAUUCUAGUUUUUGUUGGAAACUAGAUAACUGCUAUCAGAAGCCUGAAAUUUCUAUUUUGGUUCCUACUCCUGGGAGUUUGAAAACAUGACAAAAUCAGAAUGGCACAAACUGCACAGUACUGAUUUUAACUGUAAAUCACACUAGGCAUUUCACAUUAGAACAAAAAUAUCAAGAUUGAACUACCUAUUGUCUUCUAUUCAUUCUAUUGUGGAAGUAUGAAACUAUAAUGUGUAUUAUAUUUGCUAACUGUACUUGUGAUUAGGCAAUUUUGUGUUCGAUUUUUAUUUUUUGAACCCAAUAUCAACAAAACAGUUGUUUAUUAUUUAAACUCAAUGAGCAAUUAUUAAAUUUUAUUGAAAUUCUAAUAUCAUUUCAGAAUCUUUCUAAACAAGGUUUUUCACAUACAAAUAAUUUGGUAAUAUAAUACUAAAUCACAUUCAUAAUUAUAGAGAUUAUUUAUAUUGACUGGCUGUUGCAGUGUAUUUAGGUCAUAGUAUCUACCAGUUAUGCUAUAAAACUCGAUUCAUCCCCAUUAUUCGGACAUAUCAUUUUUUGCAUGUUAGUAUAAAUAUUUGCAUUGUGUUUGUCUUUAAUCUUAUAUUUGGUUAUUUUAGUGCAAUUAUGUCUAUUCCAUUGAUUUCUCAUUUGACAGCCACUGCUUUAGUUCAAAUUGCUUGCAAGUUCAAUUAGUGCUUAUUUUUGAUGUUAUUUCAUGAUAUUUGUUAUUAUGGUGAGCUUAAUUAGUAUAUAGAGAUCCAGAAGUAUAUCUAUAUUUUAAUGUUGCUAUGUUGGGCCAGGUUAUAUUGGUUAUUUCAAAGUGUAAUGCUUUAUAGGGUAUAUUAUUGGUAAUUGUGUGUGGCCAUGCUCCCAAUCAAUGAUAUAAUAAUUAUAAUGAAUUUUUACUAAUCCGUAUCAUAUGACAUGUGUAUUUGACUAGUGCAAUUAAAAAUUAAAUCUUUUUUUUUCAUUGCCAAAAGCUGGUGCUUUUCGAUACCACAAAAAAGAAACAAAUUUUGUCUCUUCCCAGUGCCACCAAAUUUUCGUGUUCAUGAAGAAAAUAAAAAUAUUUUUUUGUUUUUUAUUCUACUCAAAUAAAACUGCCUAAAUUGUCAUCCACGAUAGUUUUGUCUUUCUAUUGAGCUUCAGUCUUUCUUUUCAUUGUAACCUGGUCUAAUUGUAGGAUCAUUAACCUGCAUAAGUUUAUAAUAGUUUCGUGAUAUGUGAUAAAUUUAUUACUUGUCAUCAGAA